AUGCGGCUGGAAAGUGAGGAGGAGGCUGCAAUGAAGACCGCUGGCUUCUGUAGUUGCGUUGUCGGAGUAAAUCCUGAUAUUCCUUUCCUUUAUCUUUGCUCUGGGCCAAAUAAAAGUUCUCCAUGGCAUAGAAUGGCACAUAACUUUGACUUGGAAGUGAUAUCACCUUUCCAGUCCUUCAGCCACAAAGCACUCCUGGCAGAAUUUGAGGAAAUAGUGGCUAUGGCAGUCAGGCGUAGUGCAUCUGCCGAUGCAUCUGAUAAAAAAUCUACAGACGAUAUUAGAAUGCACGCUUCCACAUGGGUUGUGCCCCUCCCACAUAAAACUCACAGCGGACACUGCUCUGUAACACCCCUGGCCUCAGCUCCACCAGCGGAACAAGUCAGAGGCUCCUACCAUCACCAGCAGGGAGAACACCAGACGGAGAGCACUGGACCCCCAAUGGGACAGGUAACCAUGGAUGAGAGCUUUGAUAUGGAACUUACAGAGCCCAACCAGCCUAUGACCCAUGAAGGUCCCAGUAUAAAUUAUGAACAUUCCUGGCUCCACCGACAUUGCCCAUCUACAUUGAUUCAUCACCAGCGGGCGCGGGGAACUGGACGACUUUUUUCUGGACUCUUGGCUGUGAAUGUCACAUUGCUGGGUGCUGCACUGAUCAGUAGUGUAGUUAUCAGUUCAAUGCCUGCCAAGAACGCAUAUAUUUUUCUUUCAGUCCUUAUGUUCUGCAGCUCAGCAUGGGCAAUCUACUAUUUACUGUGGUCACGCAGAAAAAGAUAUGCAGCAAUUCUACAGGACCACCAUGCUGGCGCACUAUGGCUGAGAGUUUGUCUUGUAUUGUUUGGAACCUGCAGUCUUCUAGUUUCUGUCUUUAAGAUUUGUUAUGAUUCAAGUCUGUUAACAUGUAAGCAGCCGACUGAUAUUGUCUUCUCCGUCACGGAAAUCAUCUUUAUAAUGAUACAGACGUCUUUUCUGUGGCUUUCCUGCAGGGACUGUGUCCAGGUGCAACACAACCUUAAUAGAUGGGGCAUUAUCUUGGCUAUGGCCACCAAUUUUCUUCUGUGGCUCCUGGCUGUGAUAAAUGAUUCAGUGCACCGAGAGAUAGAAAGUUUACAACCAAAUGACACAUCAGAUGGAGUUGAAAAUGGAUGCUUGUGCCCUAAAUUUUCAUCUUGUUUCAUCUUUCAGCGGGGAUAUGUGACUUUAUAUCCUUUCAACCUUGAAUACAGUUUGAUGUGUGCUUCCAUGCUUUUCAUAAUGUGGAGGAAUGUUGGCAGGAGAGAAGUGCACCAUUCUGGAUUGUCUCACCCCAGAUUUCAUCUGCGAGGGGUCCUUUAUGGUCCAAUUCUAGGAGCUGUUGCGUUACUAGUUGGAAUUUACAUCUUCAUCCAGUAUCAGAUACAAGCUUCAGCAGGAGCUGUAACCACCAUUUCCUUCGUCAUAUAUUUUAUGUACAGUAUCAUUCUGCUGUCCGUCAUGGUUAUAGCCUGCUUUAUAGGGAUAAUUGCUCAAACCUUUAGAGAUAAACAACAUGUGAAAUACACAAGACAUGAUAAUGAAAAUGGUGAAGACCCCGAUAAACAGAAUAAAGAAAAGAGGCAAAAAAAGAGUAAAUGUGAAUGUAGGCAUCGUAAUGUAGAGAAGUAUAAAGACCAUUGGCAAUCAGAGGGAGAAGCAGAAGGGGACAAGGAGCCAAAUGGAGAACAGAAUAAGAACUUUGAGGAUCAGGAACAUAUUGAGUAUCACACAUCAGAAGAGGAGGGAAAGUGUGAGGACACUGAAAAGCAAGCAGAGAAUGAAAUCUGCAAUGGACAUAUUGGAAUGCAGGACUUGUGCAAGGAAAAUAAGAUGGACCAUCUAGAUAUCAAUCAUCAAACAAAGCAACACAGCACAGAGAUAGACGCACAUCAUCAGGAGAUGAUCGUUAGACAUAGGAGUCCCCCUAAAAACUAUACCCGCAGUCUGGAAAUUAUGCUCCUGCUUGGGGCUGCCCUUGGUCAGUUUUCUAUUUCUUAUUAUUCCAUGGUUGCCAUCAUAGCCACUGGUUCAUGGAAUCUACUCAACACUUUAAACCUGUCAUACUCCAUUCUGAUUAUUUUACAGCACAUGUUCCAAAAUAUUUUCAUAAUAGAGGGCAUGAAAAAGGAGCACAAUGAACAUUAUUAUUUACAGGCAACCAAGGAGAGCAAAGAGGAACAUAAUGAAGCCCCUCGUAGGCUCUCCAUGGUUGAGAUCCGCAGGGCAUCUCUGGCUUACUUACAAGAUGUUGGACGUCUCAAUGUCAGCCGCAGACUGGUGAAGGAGAUGGCCCUCUUUCUAGUGCUUUGUAAUAUUAUACUAUGGAUCAUGUCAGCUUUUGGAGAACAUCCUCAGUAUACAAAUGGUCUGGAACGGGAAUACUAUGGCUUUUCAGUCUGGUUUUCCAUUCUCAACUUUGGGCUCCCGCUAUCAGUCUUUUACAGGAUGCACAGUGUUGGCGGGUUGCUUGAAGUCUAUGUCACUUCUUAA